CUUUUGUGCGAGUUGCGGAAGACAAUUGAAGUUUUCCAUAAACUAGCGGAAAGAAAGAGAGAACCGGAAAGAGAGAGUCAUUCCCGUCAUCGCGCGUUAUUCCGUCGACGUUUAGGCCCGUUGGAGUGAAGAUGAAGACCACAAAGGGGGGGAAGGUCAUGAACCCUACCGACGCCUAUAGGAAGGAACUUCGCAAGAAGGAGCUGAAGAGGAACAAAAAAGAAAGAAAGAAGGUCAGGGAAGUUGGAAUCUUGAAGAAGGACCCUGAAACAAUCAGAGAACAGAUCGAGAAGUUGGAGAUGAUGAAAGCAGAUGGUGCUCUAGACAAGGCAAGGAAGCACAAGAAAAGGCAACUCGAGGACACAUUGAAGCUUGUUUUGAAAAAGAGGAAGGAGUAUGAAGAGAAAAUGCGGGAAAAGGGUGAGACACCAGUGAUGUUCAGCCACUUGGGUCCUCCUCGUAGACGAACAACUGCAGAGGAAGAUGAAAGAGCAAAACAUCCAAAACCAGAGGACUCUGUUUAUUAUCAUCCAACACUAAACCCUACAGGGGCACCGCCUCCUGGAAAGCCUCCCAUGUACAAGUCAUCUAUAGGACCUAGGAUUCCUUUGUCAGAAGCUUCGUCAAGCAGUCAAGUAUCUACAUCAAAGUUAGAGUCAGAGGAUGCAUCUUUAGCUGUACCUCCUCUACCCCCUCUUGCGGAUUCCAGUGAAUUGGGUUCUAAAGAUGGUUCUUCUACUCCAUCAUUGCCUUUACCUCCUCCACCUCCAAUGCCACCAAAAUCUGCUGCAACAGACAUUGGUACAAAAUUGCCUCCACCACCACUGCCACCACCACCACCAGGGCCCCCACCUAAAGAGCAAGCAGUUCAGACUCAGCUUCCUCCACCUCCUCCACUUCAACGAUCAACUCAGCCACCUCCACCAGGUACCAGUGGAAGCACACUAGAAAAGGGUCAAGCUGGAAUAUUGAAUGACCCAGAUAACAAGGAUCCAGAUCUGGUGCCAUCCAUGCUCCCUCCACCUCCCCCUCCACCUGGGUUGCCACCAAAAUUGGGUGGUCAUCAAUCUGAAAGUGCAGUAUCUGACUCUGAUGCCACUAAUUCUACAGGGACUAAGGAUGUAGUUAAGAUGAUUCCACCGCCACCACCACCAGGGCCACCAACAGCAGUGCCUAGACCUGCCUUGAUGCCCACUCUACAGCCUGAUGUAUUACCCCCAGGCAUUUCACGUUUUCCACCACCCCCUCCACCAGAUAUGAGGCCACCACCAUCGGGCCGUGGUCUUCCUAGCCAACCUCCUCCUGGAAUGAUCAUCCCAUCAAUUUCAAGAUCACCUUUUGGUCCACCACCUGGACCACCCCCUAUGAUGAGGCCCCCACUCCCACCCACCUCUUUUCCUCCCUUUCAGGAAGAUGAUCAUUCUGCAGUUAGACCUUCUGUGCCUCAGAAGCCAUCUUAUGUCAAAUCAGCAGCAUCAACAGUCGUAAAGAGGCCAUUAGCACAGCAUACUCCAGAACUUACGGCUAUGGUUCCUGCAUCUGUACGAGUGAGGAGAGAGUCUGCUGUUCAGAAACCAAAACCCAGGCCAUCUAUGUCAACAGGGGCAACAGCCCCGCGUGCAGCAGCUCCAGCUGUCCCUGGGAAGUCAGAAUCAGUUAACCUUUCAUCUGCACCAAAGACACAAAGCAUUGAUGAUUCGUAUAUGGCCUUUUUGGAGGACAUGAAGGCUCUCGGUGCACUUGAUGGUUGAGCAACUUGAGCUAGCUAGCUGGUCACUUUGUGCAAAGAAUACGGAGGUUUCAAACAUGUACCGAGAGGAAAAUGGAAAAACAAGAGGCUUUGGACGCAUUAGUUAUUCAUUUAGCUAGCCUUGGUUUCUUCUCUUGAAAUUUCCAUUUUGGAAUUUGCAUUCUUGCAUUAUGGGCGUUUCCAUUGCACCAUGCUGUAACUGGGGAACCUUGUUUUUUCCUUGCUUCCCAACGAUGGUGUAAUGUGGAGAUAUUUCAGUGUAAUGAAUCAUCAGAAAUGUUACCUGGGAGCAAUUUGGGAAUUGCAUCACAUAUAUCAUUUAUUACUUUUUGCAGUGAAGCUGUUGAUGUAAAUGAUUUAGUUAUUCUUCUA